CAGCCCUAGAUUGGCUUCUCACCAUGGAUCUGACGUGGCAGGCGCAGGGUUUAGGGUUUAUGCGGGGAAUGAACCGAGCAGCGGCUUUUCUCCGGGCCAGGUGCGAGAGGGCGCGGGAAUCUGCGUCUCUGUUCGUCAAGGCUAGGAAGAAGAAUGCGAGGAAAGCGCAGCGCAUCGGGAGGAAGAUCAUGCACUAUUUGCGCACCGAUUUCAAGGAGAUUGCUUGGCCCUCCUCGCUUCCCAAUCCUCCCGGCCGGCCUCGGCGCCAGAGAUUCUUCGCCAAAGAGACUUUGAGAGAGGCAUGGAAGCUCUACAAGAAGUCGUGGACGUCCGAUUUCGAGAUCUAUGGCGUGGUGGUGAAAUCUUCCAAGAAGAAAGAAGCCGCUGGAGGUGGUGCUGCCGCUGGCCCUUCUCGUGGAACCACACCACAGGAUGAAAAGUUUCCAUCGAUUUACGAGGAACUCGAAGCAGCAGUCAAGCUUGGAGGAGAGCACGUCAAGCCGGCGCUCCAGCGGAUCUACAUGACCCGAGCAACCGUGUACCGCGACGCCGUGCGGAGUUUCAUCGAUGGAUACAAGCAAGGCAUCCGUGAGUCUGCCGAGAAGAGCACCGCCGACGACAAAGCCACGGAACAAGUCGUCAACGAAGCCAAGCGAGCUGCCGAAGAAGCUGCAAAGUCUCAGAGGCAGUACGCCGCUCCAUCGUCUUCGCCUUCUUCGUCAUCUUCUUCACGUCCGCCAGAGGAAGGCGAGAAAGGCGAGAAGAAAAGCUCGGCAGCCGACGCCGGGUGAUGACUCGUCUUCCGUAACGCAUA